AUGACUUCUUCCAUCUCCAUUCGAGGAAGGUCUUCCUCUUCCAUCAAUCCAAUUUCUUACGACGUAUUCUUGAGUUUUAGAGGUGAAGAUACUCGUAAAACUUUUACUGCUCAUUUAUGCGAAGCUUUGCGUCAAAAGGGAAUUCACACCUUCAUGGAUGACAAGUUAAGAAGCGGAGAGGAAAUUUCACCGGCACUUAUCAAAGCUAUUGAAGAGUCAAAGAUUUCAAUCAUUGUAUUUUCUAAAAAUUAUGCAUCAUCCAGAUGGUGCUUGGACGAGCUAAUAAAGAUCCUCGAGUGUAGAAAAAGAAUGGGAACACAUGUUCUACCCUUGUUUUACAACGUAAAUCCAUCGGAUAUACGGAAUCAAACUAAUACUGUUGGAGAAGCAUUUGUCAAACAUGAAGAGAGGUUCAAAAAUGAUGAAAUGAAGAUACAGAUGUGGAAGAUAGCCCUAAUAGAAGCAACAAAUUUGUCCGGAAAGCAUUUGGAUAACAUGAAUGAACCUGAAUUUAUUUGCGAAAUCAUUAAAUGGGUAAAUUCCAUAUUAGUAAAAAAGGCAUCUUUUGAAGUUGCCAAAUAUCCCGUUGGAAUAGAGUCCCGUGUACAAGAUGUAAAUUCGCUUUUAGCUAUAGAUCAGAAGAAUGACACUACAUGCAUGGUCGGGAUCUUCGGAAUUGGUGGAAUUGGUAAGACAACUAUCGUCAAAGCUAUCUACAACUCGAUUGCUUUUCAGUUUGAAUGUAGUUGUUUUCUUGGAGACAUUAGAGAAACUUCCAACAAAAUAGGCGGUCUGAUAAAUUUGCAAAAAAAACUUCUUUCUAAGAUCUUAGGAGGUUCAAGUCUAAUAGUUGACAACGUUGAUCAUGGAAUUACUUUGAUAAAGCAGAGGCUUCGCAGUUUAAGAGUACUUCUAGUACUUGACGAUGUGGAUAAGUUGGACCAUUUAGAAAAGCUAGCUGGAAAACGUGAUUGGUUUGGUUUAGGAAGUAGAAUCAUCAUAGCAACAAGAGAUGCACAUUUACUUAUUGCACAUGGGGUUGAUUCAAUAUACCAAGUGAAUGUGUUGAAUGAUAAUGAAGCUCUUCAACUCUUUAGUUGGCAUGCUUUCGGCAGUGAGAAACCUUACAACGAUUUUGUUAAACUCACAAAACAUGUACUGAGUUAUGCUGGGGGCCUACCAUUGGCUUUAGAAGUGCUGGGUUCGGAAUUAUCUGGUAAAAGUUCGUAUGAAUGGAUAAAUACAUUGGAUAAGUAUAAAAAAAUUCCUAAUAAAACAAUUCAAGAAAUACUUAAAAUAAGUUACGAUGGGCUAGAUGAAACUGUGAAGGCUAUUUUCCUUGAUAUUGCUUGUUUUUUCAAAGGACAAGAAUCAGAUCAUGUCACUAGUAUACUAGAAGGGUGUGGUUUAUUUCCAUAUAGUGGUUUAUCAAUGCUUGAGUGUAAGUCUCUCAUAUGGUAUGAGUAUUGGUUCAGUUCAACUCAGUCUUACAGAACAUUGGAGAUGCAUGACUUGCUACAAGAAAUGGGUAGAGAAAUUGUUCGACAAGAAUCACCUAAAGAACCUGGAAAGCGUAGUAGACUGUGGUUUCAUGAAGAUGUUAAUCAUGUUCUACAGGAAAAUACGGGAACAAACGAAGUUGAGGGCAUAUUGAUAGAUUUGCCUAAGUCGAGCCGGAUACACUUGAGUCCCAAUGCGUUCGAGAAUAUGAAAAUGCUCAGACUGCUUAUAAAUCGUAAUGCAUAUUUUUCUGAAGAGCCUAAUUUUCUCUCUAAUGGGUUAAGAUUGCUUGAUUGGCCUAAGUAUUCAGGAGAAUCUUUUCCCUCCAAUUUUUGUGGAACAAACAUUGUAGUUUUAAAAAUGCAUGACAGUCAACUCAAGAAACUUGAGGGAGUUCAGAAUUUCCAAAGCAUGAAAAUUAUGGAUUUCACUAAUUGUGAGUUCCUUGAAAAAAUCCCUGACGUUUCAAGGAUCCCACAUUUAGUGAAGUUGAUUCUUGAUGGUUGCAAAAAUUUAGUUGCGGUUCAUCCUUCGGUUGGAUACCUGAAGAAUCUUGUUCUUUUGAGUGCUGUAGAGUGCUAUAAUCUUACGAGUUUUCCGAGCAGCAUUGAUUUGACUUCUCUAGGAUCUCUUUUCGUUUGUGGUUGCUCAAGGCUUAAGAACUUUCCUAAAAUUGAGAAUCAAAUGAAAAAAUUAGAGUACAUCGACUUUAGAUAUACUGGUAUAGAGGAACUACCUUUAUGCAUUGGGCACCUUGUUGAAGUUAAACAAUUACUUCUAUCCGGUUGCACAAACCUUACGAAUCUUCCUGAUGGGAUUAGUGAGUUGGAACAAUUGGAGGAAUUGUCUCUAGAUUAUACUGAUAUAAAAGAACUGCCUUCAUCAUCCAUUGGGUACUUGGGUAGGAUCACAACAUUAGAUCUAGAAGGUUGCACAAACCUCAUGAAUCUUCCAGAUAACAUUUAUCAGUUGCAAUGUUUGGUGAUCCUUCGCUUGAAAGGAUGCGAGGAACUUCGAGAAAUUUUAAGACUUCCACCAAAUGUAGUAGAAGUAGAUGCUGGGGGGUGUGUGUCGUUGGCAAUAUUUUUAGAAGAAGCUAGAACAUCUGAGGGGGUCAGAAUGGCAUCUCCGACAUUGCAAUCGUUGAGUCUUGGAAACAAUGUCGUGACAGAAUCGAAUUUCUCGAUUCAAUGUGAUUGCCCUUCUAGUUUGAAAUUUCUAUCUUUAUCGCGUAGCGCUAUUGUUAGCCUUCCUACGUGGCUCCACACAUUUGUUGGAUUGGAGGAACUUUACUUGAACCGUUGCAAGCAACUUGAGGAAAUUCCAGAACUUCCACCGAAUAUGAAAAAGGUAAAUGCGAGAGGAUGCACAUCAUUGAAAAGAUUUCAAUUUAAUAAUAUAAACGAUUUACCAAUGCUUGAAGAGAUUGACUUCUCCAAUUGCCAUGAAAAUAUGGGGGAUGACCUGCAAAUUCGUUUAAUGAGUGAGGGAUAUUCUACGGACCGUAAAUUUGGGUGUAUAUUUCCAGGAAACAAGAUUCCAAAUUGGUUCAGCCAUCGUAAAGAGGUUUCAAAUACUAAAUGGUGUGAGAUAGUUAUCAAUGAGGCAGUACAUUUGGAUGGGGAGAAUACAACAUUUGCUUUCUCUACUGUUAUUGGAACCGAGGGUGUGCAUUCUUUUAAAAUUCUUGUUGAAGUCAUCAAUAAUGGCCAACGCAUCUAUUUUCACAGGAAUGAUGAUGAUAUAGACAUUAGCUUUGUUUUGAGAAAUGGUGAUGGACGCUGGUGGUACAAUCAAAGGGCAGGAUUUGCGUAA